AUGAUAUUAUUCAUUAUUUCAAUGAACUUUAUAGGUUUCUGAAAUAUUUGCCUCAUUUACAUGUAGCCGUACAAUAUAUAAUAUAUAGUUGUGAAACAUACAGAUCUACGUAAAAAAGCAGUUCAUUAAUAUUUUUCGGACAAAAAUUAAUGGACGAUUAUUAAUACGUAAGGAUAUUUAUGUCUGUACAUAAGACGAAAUGUCCGCUUCAGUAGACCAAUCAAAGCCAGAUGAAGUAAUUAAGGAUUUGGGAGGUUGUGGAAGGUACCAAAUACGGCUGAGUGUCACUGUCCACCUGGUGAAAACCUUGUUCAGUUUCAGCUACACAAGCCUGGUAAUAAUGACGUCGGUGCCGACAUGGUGGUGUAAAGAAAACAUUUAUAACAAUGGUACAUUUCUGGAAUCGUCUGGGACACAGUCAUGUUCAACUACAAAUGGUACGGAAUGUCAUUCAUUUUCAUUUGAAGAAGGGACCAAUACAAUAGUAAGCGAGUUCAAACUGAUUUGCACAAACGACUUUAUUCCAAGUACGAUUAAUUCCAUUCAAAUGGCAGGAACUUUGACCAGCUAUGUCAUUUCGGGACAUGUAGCAGACCGGUUCGGUCGAAAACCAACGUUUCUUAUCGCCAUUCUUAUUGUAUUCUGUUUCAAUUUAGUUGGAUUUUUCUCCGUUUCUUGGAAAAUGUUUGCAGUGUCAACAUUCUUUACUGGAUUUGGACGAGGUGAUUUUUUAACUACACAACAUAGCAUUAUGUCAGAGUAUACUCCAUCAAAGUGGCGAGUCUUGGUAAUAGGGUUCCCGUCACUAGCCUUACAUCAGUGUUUGCUGUCACUAAUUGCUUGGUUGAUUCGAGACUGGCGCUAUCUUUUACUAAUGACAUCACUUUUAGCAAUACCAUGUUUCUUUGCGACUUACUUUAUAGUACCGGAGAGUUUCCGCUGGUACAUAGCUCAUGAGAAGUUUGACAAAGCAAAAUACAUCGUCAAAUCAAUAGCCAAGUACAACCGCAAUAAUACUUUUAACACGGACAUUUCCCUUGGAAGGCCCGAAUCGUCAGCCAAACAGCGAUAUACGUUACUAAACCUGUUUCAAACAUGUGAACUGGCUAAAAUAACAUUGUUGUCAAUGCUUAAUUGGUAA